AUGGGUCGUGGAACGACGAAAAAUAUCACAGCCUCUGUCAAGAAUCCAGGGAGGAAGGUCGCUACUGCAUCAACCUCCACUCUAGAAGUGCAGUGGGAGGAAGCACGACAGUCCCUGCUGAAGGCAAAGGGAAUGCGGUCUCAAUACAGUGGCCAUCUGGAUCGUGACCGUCGGUUCCUGAGAGAUGUGGUUGAGCAGAAGUGCAAGGCUCACACGGACAGCACAAGUGCUCAGUCACUGGCCCCAGAAUGUGACUCAGACGAGGACAUCGAGACUUACAGCCAUGCGUUUGAUCCCAUCCCGAACCGAUACUCCGCACCUGCGCUGGAAUUGUUCCUCGUUCAGAAGGGUCUGACGGAGGGGAGGGGGAUAAGCACAACAUGGGGCGUGUUCUCAGCAUUCAAGGAUCUGUGGUGGAAUGUCAAGGGCGAGACAUUCCGUAGGCCAUAUCACUGCAAUGAGGUGACUGGAGUUGUGACAGGGAACCCUGCCUUAUCAGCCGCAGUGCAAGAUAUGAUGGAGAUCCUCAAGAACAAUGAGGGUGCUGAAGGCGGUACGAGAAACCAUGCAUCAGCAAUGACAAUUGAGGACAUGCAAAAGCUCAUGUCCUGGUCCUAUGACCAAUGUCCUGACAAGCUUGUGAGCCAGAUUUAUCAGUGCCUUCGGACAGGGGAGGUGCUUGACAUAGCAGAUGUGGUUCUGGCUCAGCACCACCUGAUGGUCCGAGCUUUCUCGACAACUGGAUUUACUACUAUCUGGACAAGGAACUUCGAGCUUACGAAGAUCAAACACAGGGACAUCGUCUGGAACUGCCAGGGGCGACCACCCUAUGGCAUCCCUUUCGACCUCGUCAGCCUACUCAAUCGCAAGGGCUGGCAGCAAAAGGGGGAGACUGACGGCGCACUCGAAGGUCACAAAUAUGAAGUCUACGCCCAGCCACAUACCCCAGAGAUCUGCACCAAUGGUGUCGUCUACCCAACUGAUGAGCUGUCGUAUGAUGCCGUGAUGAAGAUGCUCACAUGGAUCUGCACAGAGGCAGCGCUGGCAUCUAGGUACACGAGUCACUGCUUCCGUCGAGGUGGUGCGAGGUACUGCUUUAUGUUUGUGCCGCUCGGUCAGCGCUGGUCACUGGCAACAAUAAGGUGGUGGGGGGCAUGGGCAGAAGGAGAGAGUGUUGACACCCUGAUUCGCUACCUCUUGGAUGAGCUCACCCGCUAUGAGAAGAACCAUUGUGAUGCCUUGUGCCCGAUUCCACGCGAGGCUGAAAGAAGCUUCAAUGGGGAUCACAUACUCACUGCACCUGUCACUGCCGCUGAAACUCGGGAGCUGAAGAUGUCCUUUGACCAUCAGCUAGAUUCCCUAUCCGGCAAAGUUGGGGCUGUGUUGGACAAGCUUGCACUUGCCUCAGUAUCACCAUCCUGCUGCUCCUCCCUGUCUCCAUCACCCUCUCUGGAAAUUCCCUCGUCUCGGACACCCUCUCCUGCCAACAGCCUGAGCAUCCCUCCCUUGUCUGCUACUCCAAGCUCCCAGUCAAAUCGAGUCGAAGUUGCAGGACCUCCUCUGGCAUCUUCGUUGCCUGCCAUCCCACCAGCCCAUGCUCGCAAUACCCAUGGUGGUGCAGGCAAAGCUGCACCCAUUCCAGGCGUCGGCAUUCCUGACCUACCACGUGGCCCAGAUGCAUGGCGCGCAGCUGUCAAGCAGUGGGAAGAUCCAGCUGCCUCCAUUGGCGGCAAAGCAUUGAAGGACUGGCCGGAGGACUGGUACUCUGGUGCAAUGUGUACCAUUACCGGCGUGAAGUGUAACAUGCGCAAAGUGAUUGCACUCGAGUUCAACCGGAUGGGGAGGGAUGAAUCAGCAUUCCUGGUAGCCUACCCUGAGGCGAGCCGUGGUGCAAAGCCACUUUUCGACAUGAUCCAGCGCAAACGCGAGGAGCGCGGUGAGCUAAUCGGUCGGAAGAGCAAGAACGGCCACCCAAAAGACCGUGUCACAUCAGCGACCAUUCCAAGCUCAGGCACCCUCAGUUGA